GGUCCAAAUCCCAUCUCGGAGCAAACAACCGAAGCGAUGGCGACCUCGAUCGCAGACCUCGCGCUGCGCGAAAGCUGGCCCGAGCUGGAAGAGCGCUUGAAGACGCAUGCUGUGGCCGACGUCAAUGUGACCGCGGGCGUCACGGACGCGACGGCGCUGGCCCUCGCCGCCCGCCAUGGGCAGCAUGAGAUUGUGCAUCUCUUGCUCGGCUGCAACGACAUUGACGUUGACAAGGGCAGUCGCGAUCGGACGACGCCACUGCACGAGGCUGCCAAGCACGGCCAUUUCGACGUCUGCCAAGAUCUCAUCGGCGCGGGCGCGGAUAUGAACGCUAAGAACAAGGAUGGCUCGACACCGUUGCACGAGGCAGCCAAAGCAGGGCAGUUCGACGUCGUCAAGGGGCUUCUCGCGGCGGGCGCGAAUCCGCAGCUGACCAACAAGAAUGGAGACAAGCCGUUUGCAGUCGCCAAGCGCAUGCAAGUGCGGGAAUUGCUUCGCGGACGCAUGUUCACGGUGGGCGAGUGCGCGCUUCAUGGCAAGUGGAAUGAGGUCAAGCGGCGCAUCACGAGCCAGUCGAUCGACAACAUCAACGAGCCCUUUGGCGCGCGCGACUGGACGCUCUUGGCCUUUACCGUGUGGUACAACCAAGUCGACCUUGUCGACCUCCUUCUUGGCUACCGCGGCAUCGACAUCAACCAAGCCAACAUGGAUGGCAUGACACCCCUGCACGAGGCUGCCAAGUACACGCGGCUCCCGAUCCUCGCCGCGCUUUUGCGCGCCGGAGCCGACACGAGCCUUCGCUCAAAUUCGGGUCUUACCGCGAUGGACAUGGCCGCACCGGAGGCACGGGCGCUGCUGCUGUCGCUGGAUCGUGCGCCAGUGGAUGCGCCCAGCUGUGGUCACGGUGUCUCGUCGGGCGUCUGCAAGGCGUGUGAGAUGGUAGCGAUCCCGCUGGCUAGCGACGCGGCUGUGACAUCGCUCAAGCAGCGCAUUCGAAGCUUGGAAGAAGCGUCGCUCUGCUGCAUCUGCAUGGAACGCUGCAAGGACACGGUGUUUGCUUGCGGCCACGAGACGUGCAUGCUCUGCUCGACGCAAAUCGUCAACUGCCCCAACUGCCGGGACCCCAUCACGACCCGCAUUCGCCGGUUUGUUUAAUCACCCAUCUAAUAAUCCCUUGUCGU